GAUUGGUCAAGGCGGAUGAGGGGCGGUGGCGCUCCAGGCGAGGAGCUAACAGGUCGACCGACCAGAGAGCUUGCUGAUUGGGCGGUAGGGAAGGAGCUGGACCAGAGCUGGCCGCUCAUUGGUCUCGACGGGCCGGGGAGGCGUGGCCGGCGCUCUCGAGAGGGUGGGCGAGCGAGUGGGGCUGGCCUGCCCGCGAGCCGGUCCAGCUACGAGCGCGGCGGGAGCACGUCCCAGCUCGGCCACGGUCCUAGCCUCGGUCCGCCGCGCUCCGGCUGGGGGUCUUGGGACGGGAAGCACAGUGAAGCGACGCGAGCAGCCGGCAGCGGGCGCGGGAAGCAGGGCGGAGGGGGUCGAGGCGCGCUGCGCUGCCGCCGGGUCCUCGCCGGGUGCUGCGGGCCCCGGGCGCGCGGGGCUCCGCGGCGCGCGCACUAUGCGGGCGGAUUGCCGGCCGCCGCGAUGGCGAGCCGGGCUCCGCUGAGAGCCGCGUACGGUCCGCAGGGUCCCCGAGGCCAGGCCGCGCCCGCCUCAACCGGCCGGGCCGCGCUACACAGCUCAGGCUGCUGUCCCCUCCCUCCUGGCCGCAACUCCUCCUCCAGGCCUUGGCUUCUGCUGCUGCUCCUGCUGCUCCAGGACGCUGGAGCCCAACAAGGUGAUGGAUGUGGAUACACUGUACUAGGCCCUGAGAGUGGAACCCUCACAUCCAUCAACUACCCACACACCUAUCCAAACAGCACUGUGUGUGAAUGGGAGAUCCGAGUAAAGAUGGGAGAAAGAAUUCGCAUCAAAUUUGGUGACUUUGACAUUGAAGAUUCUGAUUCUUGUCACCUUAAUUACCUGAAAAUCUAUAAUGGAAUUGGAGUCAGCAGAACAGAAAUAGGCAAAUUCUGUGGUCUGGGUUUACAAAUCAAUCAGUCCAUUGAAUCCAAAGGCAGUGAAAUCACAGUGCUGUUCAUGAGUGGAAUCCAUGCUUCAGGACGGGGGUUUUUGGCUUCAUAUUCGCUUAUAGAGAAACAAGAUCUAAUCACUUGCUUGGAUAAUAUAACUAAAUUUUGGGAACCUGAGUUCAGUAAAUACUGCCCAGCUGGCUGUCUACUCCCUUUUGCUGAAAUAUCUGGAACAAUUCCUCAUGGAUACAGAGAUUCUUCGCCAUUGUGCAUGGCUGGAAUCCACGCAGGAGUAGUGUCAAAUGUCCUGGGUGGCCAGAUCAGUGUUGUGAUUAGCAAAGGUACCCCGUACUAUGAAAGCUCUUUGGCUAACAACGUCACUUCCGUGGUGGGCUAUUUAUCUACAAGUCUGUUCACAUUUAAGACAAGUGGCUGUUAUGGGACUCUGGGGAUGGAAUCGGGUGUGAUUGCCGAUCCCCAGAUAACAGCGUCAUCUGUGCUGGAGUGGACUGACCACAUGGGGCAGGAAAACAGCUGGAAGCCAGAGAAGGCUCGGCUGAGAAAACCUGGGCCUCCCUGGGCUGCCUUUGCCACUGAUGAGCAUCAGUGGCUGCAAAUCGACCUGAAUAAGGAGAAGAAGAUAACAGGUAUUGUAACCACUGGAUCUACCAUGGUAGAACACAAUUACUAUGUGUCUUCCUAUAGAGUUCUAUACAGUGACGAUGGGCAGAAAUGGACUGUGUAUAGAGAGCCUGGUGUGGAGCAGGACAAGAUAUUUCAAGGAAACAAAGAUUAUCACAAGGAUGUUCGUAAUAACUUUUUGCCACCAAUUAUUGCACGUUUCAUUAGAGUGAACCCUGUCCAAUGGCAACAGAAAAUUGCCAUGAAAGUGGAACUCCUCGGAUGCCAGUUUACUCUCAAAGGCCGUCUUCCAAAGCUUACUCAACCUCCACCACCUCGGAACAGCAAUAACCUCAAGAACACUACAGCUCAUCCCAAACUAGGAAAAGGUCGUGCCCCUAAAUUUAACCAAGCACUUCAGCCUCGAAGUAGGAAUGAACUUCCUGCACAGACAUCACAGACAACUGCCACUCCUGAUAUAAAAAAUACAACUGUAACUCCCAAUGUAACCAAAGAUGUCGCACUGGCUGCUGUUCUUGUUCCUGUGCUGGUCAUGGCCCUCACCACACUCAUCCUCAUUCUAGUGUGCGCUUGGCAUUGGAGAAACAGAAAGAAGAAACCCGAAGGCACCUAUGACUUACCACACUGGGAUCGGGCAGGUUGGUGGAAAGGAGUGAAGCAGUUUCUCCCUGCCAAAUCUGUGGAGCACGAGGAGACGCCGGUUCGCUACAGCAAUAGUGAGCUCAGUCACCUGAGUCCGAGGGAAGUCACCACAGUGCUACAAGCUGAUUCUGCAGAAUACGCACAGCCCCUCGUGGGAGGAAUUGUUGGCACACUCCAUCAGAGGUCUACCUUUAAACCCGAAGAAGGAAAAGAAGCAGGCUACGCAGACCUAGAUCCUUACAACUCUCCAGUGCAGGAAGUGUACCAUGCCUAUGCUGAACCUCUGCCCAUAACAGGGCCUGAGUACGCAACCCCGAUCGUCAUGGACAUGUCAGGGCACCCCACGGCCUCAAUCGGUCUGCCCUCCACAUCCACCUUCAAAACGGCAGGGAACCAACCUCCAGCUUUAGUGGGAACUUACAACACACUUCUCUCCAGGACUGACAGCUGCUCCUCCUCAGGCCAGGCUCAGUACGACACCCCGAAAGGUGGGAAGCCAGCCGCUGCCCCAGAGGAACUGGUGUACCAGGUCCCACAGAGCACCCAGGAAGUAUCGGGAGCAGGAGGGGAUGAGAAGUGUGAUGUUUUUAAAGAAAUCCUUUGACAGUG